AUGAAGUUGAACCUCAACUCCCUCCUCGCCCUCACCCCCCUCCUUGGUCUCAGCCAAGCAGCCGACUGCAUUGUCCCCAACCAACAAGUCUUCUCCCAAGCAGCGGUCGAGAUGAUGUGGUCCAUCCGCGCCUGGCUGUGUCCCAACGCCUGGAAUCAGUGGAUCUUCGCGUAUCCAGAUAGUGCGUGGUGCGACGCAGGUGGUGGCAUCGUCAGCGCGUUCUACGGGUCCUGGGAAAUCCUCGGUAUGCAGAGCGAGCAGCAGUGCUGGCUCGCUAAUGAGGGCAGGAUAUCACUGAGGAAAUCAUCAACCAAUGCAUGUGGUACGGCUUUGCGAAGCACAAGCUACAACGGUGGAACUUGGUCGUACGGCGAUAUCUGGGCCGGCGGCUGGUUCUGGGCGGAUAACUCGCGGAGCUGUGUGCAUCCUGUCAAGAGAGAUGCACUGCCUGUUGCUUCCGUUCCUGUUGGGGAUAUCAAUGCUGAAAUGAACGGUACCACCCUUGCUGAUGGGAUGAGCCAGGUCGGCAGUCGACUAUGGCUGGAUUUCAGUCCGACGAGGUGGUUGUUGUUGAGAAGGAGGAGUUUUAGUUCCAGGAAAGAAUAG